AUGGCUUUGAUCUCCACCAAGUUGUCUUUGGCUCUCUUCCUCUCUUCCCUCUGCAUCCAUGCAGUUCUAGGUGGGUUUAUAUGUGAGGAUUUACCAAAUGAUGUUUGCGCAUUUUCGGUAUCGUCUGCCGGGAAACGGUGUCUGCUAGAGACCAUGGCAAAGAAGGAUGGAAGCAUAGAGUACCAAUGCAGGACAUCAGAAGUUUUGGUUCAGGGGGUGGCAGAGUACAUUGAAACAGAUCAGUGUGUGAAGGCUUGUGGCAUUGACAGGAAGUCUGUUGGGAUUUCAUCUGAUGCCCUCCUUGAGCCCCAGUUCAUGACCAAGCUCUGCUCCCCAACUUGCUACCAAAAGUGCCCCAACAUUGUUGAGCUUUACUUCAACUUGGCCGCCGGAGAGGGAGCGUUCUUGCCUGAUCUCUGUGACAAACAGCGUACCAACCCUCACCGUGCCAUGCUCCAGCUCUUGAGCUCUGGUGAGGCCGCCCCUGGCCCCGUCAGCAGCAAAUCACCAUCAGGAAACUUGGCAUUUGCCCCUUCUCAGGAAGAAGCAUAUCCCCCUUCUGAGGCAUUUGCUCCUACUGAGGGAGAAGCACUUCCCCCUUCUGAGGCAUUUGCCCCUGCUCCUCUGUAA